AUGACGCCAUUCUUGGGGAACACGGGGCAAGUUACACCUCCAGUCUCCGAUGGUGAAGUGCCAGCAUUUGAUAUCCCACAACCGAAAGCGAAAGACCUUCCAGAGAAGCUGCAACAACAGGUACCGAUACGAAUCAGUUCCGGCGUUGACACACAUCAAACGAAGCAUGAUUUCAGCCCCCACGCCAUUCCCCUGAAUACGGAUUUUGCCUAUAAGGCUCGGAAAAUUCGUGUUAUUACCAUCGGUGCCGGGUUUUCAGGUCUCCUCGUUGCCCAUAAAUUUCAGCAUCGAUUCCCUGAGCUUCGAGACAUUGUGGAACACAAGCUCUUCGAAGCCAGGAAGGAUGUCGGAGGCACGUGGCUUGUGAACACGUACCCUGGUGUUCAAUGCGACGUUCCUUCCCAUAUCUAUGCAAGUGCCUUUCCCUUCGCUCCGAACCCUGACUGGGAUCGAUUUUACGCCUCGGGUCCAGCCAUACAAACUUAUAUCAAGCAAACAGUCAAAGAUUGGAAUUUAGAUCGUGAUCUCUACCUCGACACGAGAGUGGUCGGCGCCCAGUGGCAGGAGACUGCGGGAGAGUGGAAAGUUACAGUUGAGAACGAAGGACAAACGCGAGACGAGUAUUGUGAUAUCCUCAUUUCUGGCCAAGGUGUCCUAGUAAAUCCAUCAUGGCCCAAAGUUCCUGGACUGUCUGAUUUCAAAGGUCAUGUCACGCAUUCUGCAGACUGGGAUCACAGCUAUGAUUAUUCCAACAAAAGAAUAGCAGUCAUUGGGAAUGGAUCUUCAGGAAUUCAAAUCGUUCCUCAAAUGACCAAGUUACCAGGUACAACAGUCAAGAAUUUUGUCCGCGGUCCAGCUUGGGUAUACUAUCGAGUGCCACCCUCGAAGCAUCUUGGACGGGAUACCGACGACUUGAAUCCUGCAUACACCGAAGAAGAGAAAGGGCGCUACCAGGAUCCAGAGCAGCAUAAAGCGUAUCGGAAGGGAAUUAUUGCCAGGACCAAUAAGGCGUUCCGCUUGUUUAUCAAGGGGGAACAAAAUGAUGCGGUGAUGAAGCUUGCCGCAGAGCAAAUGGCCGAAAAGCUCAACCAUGAUCCCGUUCUAUGUGAACAACUAAUACCGAAAUGGGAACUGGGAUGUCGCCGAGUUACUCCCGGUCCUGGCUAUCUUGAAUCAUUUCUCCAGCCUAAUUGCAGUCUUUCCUCGAGUCCAAUAGCCAAGGUUACUGAGAACGGAGUUAUGACGGCUGAUGGAGAGGAAUUCGAGUGUGACGUCGUGGUAUGUGCAACAGGAUUUGACGUUUCGCAUUGCCCGAAAUUCUCCCUGAUCGGCCAAAAUGGUGUCAAUCUCGCGGAGAAGUGGGCUGCAGAACCGGAAUCAUAUCUCUCUGUUGCAACUGAUGGUUUCCCCAAUUACUUCAUGAUGAUGGGCCCGAACUGCUUAGGAGGCCACGGUUCGCUCGUGGAAUCACUCAAUUGGACGGGAGAUUACUUUGUCAAAAUCAUCAAGAAGAUGGCAACCGAGGACAUCAAGUACAUGGUGCCUAAGGCGUCAGCAGUUGAUGCUUUCGUCAAGUAUGGUGAUGAGAUCCACAAAAGGCUGGUGUGGACUGGGAGUUGCAGUUCAUGGUACAAGCGAGGCAGGCGAGAUGGAAGAGUCACUGCACUUUUUGGUGGAAGUGCUGUUCUUUUCUACCGAUUAAUUAACGAAAUUCGUGCUGAAGAUUAUGAAAUAGCCUACAAAAGCAAUAAUCCCUUCAGAUUUAUGGGCAAUGGCUUUACGGAAUGGGAGAUGCAAGAAGAUAGCGACUUAUCCUGGUACGUUGAGACAGCUGAUCCGCUACCGAAGCCCUUAAGAUAG